AGUAUCUACUUUUGUCUUGGCUUUUACCCUUUAAGGCACUAAUAGUACUUCACUAUUCAAGUCAAGCUCUGAAAGAAUUUGUUCUUCUUCAUCCAUUUAUAGACUUCAUUAUUGUAAAUUCUUAUCUUUCAAAGAAGAUUAUUGAGACUCGUGUAUCGGGUUUGUAGGUAAAAGAAUAUUGAACUUCGAGCUAGAAUUAAAAAAAAGAAAAAAGGAAGAGAAAAAAAGGAAUGGUGAGAAGAAAAACUAUGUUGAAAGGAAGAAUUUCAAGGAUAGGAAGAUAUGCUAUUGCUUCAUCAAUUACAGAUCAAUGUAUAACUUGUACUACCUUUAAUAUUCUAGCUCCAAUCUACAAAAGACUGAGUGAUGAUGAGGAUGAUAUUGGUCGUGAAAGCGAUUACAGGGCUUAUUGGCUUGCUCGAAAUCGAAGGAUAUUGGAUUGGUUGCUCCGGGAAAAAUCUACCAUUAUUUGUCUUCAGGAGUAUUGGGUUGGAAAUGAAGAACUUGUUAGUAUGUAUGAAAAGAGGCUUGGUAAUGCUGGUUACAUCAGUUUCCAGCUUGCGCGAACCAACAAUCGUGGAGAUGUCUUGAUCAUAUGUUUUCGUUGCUUAACCAUCCAACCUGACGGUCCCCCAAGUAGCUGUUUAGGAAAGAAAGGUCUUCUUACUGCUGUACACAGAGAUUAUUUCAGUAUUAUAAAUCACCGAGAUUUGUUGCUUAAUGAUUUUGGAGAUCGUGUUGCUCAGCUAUUGCACGUUGAGUUAGUUAGCCCUUGUUUUCUAAACCGAAGCAAUAACGUUCGACAAGAGAUUCUUAUUGUGAACACACACUUGUUAUUUCCCCAUGAUUCAACUCUCUGCCUAGUGAGAUUGCACCAAGUUUAUGAGAUCUUGCAAAAUGUGGAAUCUUAUCAGAAAGAAUUUGAGCUGAACCCUAUGCCUAUCCUACUCUGCGGUGAUUGGAACGGAAGUAAAAGUGGACAUGUUUAUAAGUUUCUAAGAUCUCAAGGGUUUGUCUCAUCGUAUGACACCGCUCAUCAGUACACGGAUGAUGACGCUCAUAAGUGGGUUAGCCACCGCAAUCACAGGGGAAAUAUUUGUGGCGUUGAUUUCAUAUGGCUUCUCAACCCGAACAGAUAUCGGAAGCUUCUCAAGACUAGUUGGAAUGAGACGGUAUUUAGCUUGUUCAAGUCACUACUUCGAAGAGCUUCACUAACCGUAAAAGAUGCAUUUACCUUUCUUAAGGUGGAUAGUGAAGGUGAUUAUGUAACUUACUCGGGUUUUUGCGAAGCACUUAGACAGCUGAAAUUAGCAGGGCAUCGUUACGGGCUUAGUGAGAAAGAGAUGAAGGACUUGUGGGUUCAGGCAGAUAUUGAUGGAAAUGGAGUGCUUGAUUACAGAGAAUUCCAGCAAAGAAUCUGGUAUUCAGAAGAGUUGGAUGAUGGAAGUAUCCACGAUAACGAUCAUCUUCAUGAUCCAGUACAUGACAUUCAACAAGCUAUCGGGUUCAGUGUGAAAAAUGCCGUUCUCUUCCCAACUGAAGUGGAGAAAGGGAUGUGGCCGGAAGAUUAUUCAUUAUCUGAUCACGCACGACUCACUGUAGUUUUGUCACCAGUGCAAAUGCCAUGCUCGAAGCUGAUUUUCUGACAAAUAAUAGAAUUCCCGUUAGGAUUUUUGUAAGCAGAAAACAGGACAUGGACAUACGUAAUGGGGAUGCUCGUCGACUUUCUGUUGGUGACUUUCCGAUUUGGAAACGCCCAAGUUCAUAUCCAACUAUAUUCAGGUACCAAACCUGUUUGUUCAUAGCCGAUUUGCUCAGAAGAUGAGUUAUUAUUGUCGGAGUUCAUGAGUUUCGUUUUUAUAAAGCAAAUUGACCUUCAAUCGCAGGAGACAAAAGCGAUGGUGCUGUUUUACAUUGCGGAAUCCUGAUUUGGGGGAAGACGAAUGCAAAGAAGGUCACGGAUACAUGAUCUAUGAGAAGAGGGCGAGAAUGAUGAGCUUGAACAUAUUGUACAUAGAGUAUACAUGUCACUUUUAUGGGAUCGUAACUACGUUCUCAAUCUCAAACAUGUAUUUUUACUCGCAUAUUUUCAUGGCUUUUUGGA